GAACUAUUAUUUAUAAAAUCACAUGUACUUAAAUCUAAACUUAAGAACAUCACCGCCGCCCUCGUGGAUAAUUAUCGUACUCGAUAUUUAGUCAUUUUCAACAACACAAAUUCAACGAAAACGCGUAUCUCGAUCGUCCUCCUUGUAUAUAGCUCCGUUGUUGUGUAUUUUAAGCGGUCAAGAGACAAAUCUAGAUUCUUUUCUUAUAACCUCCAAAGAUUAUUCAAACAUUUAUUAUUCAGUAAAUUAUUCAAUUUUCUAUUGGAUGAAAUGAGGUUUGCAUUUAAAAAACUUUUCAAUUCUAAAGUGUUUCAUAAUAUAAGAAAUUUACAUCUUUCGCAAAAUGUAAACGGACAUUCUUAUGAAGGACCAGGAAAAACAACAGUAACCAUACUCAAUAAAAAUGAGCAGUCUUUGCUGUUGAUAAGUGAUUAUAAUGAAACAGGAUUUACUUUAAACAAUGGUAUCAAAAUGAUCGGACCUAUAAUUAUAUUUUCCAAAUCAUUACUAUUUUGGAAUGUUGCAUCCGCAAAAGAUAUAAACAAAGACUCCCUUAUACUGUUUAGCAUUUUAGAACCUAAAUUGGAUUUAUUAAUAAUUGGAUUAGAGAGCAAUUAUGACCACAAAUUUCUAAUUAAUCUGAAAGAAACGACAAAAUAUUUAAAUAUAAAUACUGAAAUUUUGCCUGUGUCUCAGGCAUGUAGCAUAUUCAAUUUUGUAAAUGUAGAAAACAGAUAUGUUGCAGCAGCUUUGAUUCCACCUAAAACAAGUCCUAUAGCUUCUUUCUUGGCAAAGAAUUGGAAUAAAAACUAUAAACCACCACAAAUAAAAAACAAAUAAUACAAAGUUAUAUUAUUUAUUUGAGAUUGUUUUAGAAUUAUAGUGUCAAACAAAAAAAAGCACAAUUAUUACAAUACAUUUAAAAAGUUAGUUGUGAGAUUUGUAAGGUUGUGUGUGUGUUUGUUUGCAUACGCGGGCAUAUAUGUAAAUAAUGUUACAUAGAAUAUAACAACAAUAUGUCUCUAAAAAAUAAAAAAAUUAUAACGUUUAACAAAAUGUAAAUGACAUAGUAGUAAAUGAAAAUAUCUACAUAAGAAAAAACUAUAAGUAACUACUCAUAUGAUUAAUAAUAAAAAUAAUAACACAUA